AUGUUUAGUUGGAUGGAAGUGAUGAAGGAAACCAAGGCCAUCCCAUAUACCCCCAGAAUCAACUACCCUGAAACGCCGCUGAGUCUGCGCACAGCCACGAUGCUCGAAUACUUUACGUACAAAAAGGUCAAGAAACACAACGCCGAGAAGAAGGCCAAGGAAGAGGCAGAAAAAGCUUUCGCCGACGAUGCCGCCACCGCCGACGACAUGGACAAUAGAACGGCCAAGUUGCUAAAGGGCAAAGAGCGCGACGACGGCACCGGCACAGUGGACGCGGUCCUACGUGAAGCCGACGAGCGCUUCAUCGAGAACCUCCUCGCCGAGCACGACGGCCCCGCGCCGCCCCUGCCGCCCCGCGUCCAAGUUUUCGACAUGGACUGGCACUCCGACAACGAGGCGUCCGUCAUCGCCGAAUCCUCUACAAAAAGCGAGGCCGCGACCAAGGAGGCGGUCAAGGCGGACAAGAAGCCCAACCGCCUGGCCCUCCUCUUUACGCGCCACAAAAAGGCCGAGGACGGGCUCAAGCCCGAGGACGCCAGCCUGACCCUCACGGAAGCCGAGCGCGAGAAGAAGGACCUCGGCAACGUGCUGGACCGCCUGAACCUGACGGCCAAGAACAACAAGGUCGUGCCCGGCGGCGGCGGGGACGCGGCGGCGCUCCUAGCCAAAUUCACCCAAAUCUUCAAGGACCUCGUCAGUGGAGUGCCUACCGCGGUCGACGACCUGACAAGUCUCGUAGAGGACCGCGACGGCACCAUUGCCAAGGGCUUCGACAAGCUGCCCUCGUCGCUCAAGAAGCUCGUCACGCAGCUGCCCGACAAGGUCACUUCUACCCUCGGCCCCGAGAUCCUUGCCGCCGCCGCCGCGAGCCAGGGCAUCAAGGCCAGCACCGACGACGGCCUCAAGGGCACCGCUAAGAAGAUCUUUUUGCCCCAGAACCUCCUCGAGCUCGUCACCAAGCCCGGCGCCGUCGUCGCCAUGCUUCGCGCCAUUGUCGAGGCGCUCAAGACGCGCUGGCCCGCCUUUAUCGGCAUGAACGUCCUCUGGAGUGUCGCGCUUUCAUUGCUGCUGUUUGUGCUGUGGUACUGCUACAAGCGCGGUCGUGAAACCCGCCUGGAGCGCGAAAAGUCGGAGAAUGACGAGAAUGAGGCGAUUCGUGACAGCGACCGCUUCGAAGAGCUCCCAGAUGACCUCAUGCUGCCUGCACCACCUCGUACAGAAGUAACGCCCCCGGAAGAGACAACGGCGGCUUCGUCUAGCCGGGAGCGGAAGGAGCGUGAGGCAGUGGCAACCUCUAGCAGGGCUAAAUAA